AUGGGUAACUACAUGAAUAGCAGGAGUGUGGGGCUAUACAGUGGUGUGAAAGUGUGGGUGUGUGUUGAUGCCAGGAGCCAGACCAUCGUGGAAUGGUGUGAAGUGGGACACAUCAUUGGACUUAGAGGAGCAGCUAAUAAAGAGUUGAAGGUGAUCCAGCUUGAGAAAUCAGUUUCUGUUGGUGCUGGAGGGUCGGCUACUCUGAACUGCACAGUGACAUCCCUACUCCCAGUGGGGCCCAUCAGGUGGUACCGAGGUGUAGGACAGAGUAGAAUGUUGAUAUAUUCUUACACAGGAGAACACUUCCACAGAAUAACAAAUGCUUCAGAUAGUACAAAGAGAAACAACCUGGACUUUUCUAUCCGCAUCAGUGAUGUCACUUUUGCUGAUGCUGGUACCUACUACUGUGUGAAGUUCCAGAAAGGAUCAUCAGAGCCUGACACUGAGCUUCAGUCUGGAGGCGGCACUGAGUUGAUAGUCCUUGAACUGAAGACAUCAGGCAAUGCUAAAAUCCUUGCAGCUGUGCUCCUUGGAUCCAAACUACUGCUGGCAAUUGCUGUCAUUGUCAUUUACAUACACAAGACGCAAAAUGCCUAA